CCCACCGAGUGGCCGGGAGGCAGUGAGGUCCUCGGGGCGCCUGCGCAGUGGGCUCGGUGGACAGUUCUUCUAGUGUGGGGGAAGGCGGAGGGCCUCCGGAAGGGGGACCCCGUGGGGAAGGGUAGGCCCAACCGGCUAGUGUGGCGGAGGUGCCGGAUCUGGGCGGAGAGUCUGCCACGUGCACCUCCAGAGCUAGUGGACGCGGAACCCGGACCCGCUCUCCAUUUCGGUGCCCUUGUCACCAAACAAAUCCAACGGCAAACCGAGCCCAGACCCCGGCUUGAGAUUACAGACAUCCUGCCAAAAUGAUUUCUUCAAAGCCCAGACUUGUCGUACCUUAUGGCCUCAAGACUCUGCUUGAAGGAGUCAGCAGAGCCGUUCUCAAAACCAAUCCGCCAAACAUCACCCAGUUCGCAGCAGUUUAUUUUAAAGAACUUAUUGUGUUUAGAGAAGGGAAUACUUCUCUGGAUAUAAAAGAUCUUGUUAAACAAUUUCAUCAGAUUAAAGUAGAGAAGUGGUCAGAAGGAACGACACAAGAGAAGAAAGCAGAAUGUAUGAAAGAAAAGGUAGGAACAUCUAUAGUUUCCCAAGAACCUACACGGAUGGAGAAAUCCACGGACACAGAAGAGGACAAUAUCACUGGACCACUGUUUAUGAACAAAACCACUCAGUUCCCAUCAGUUCACUCGGAGGUGCUCCAGGAGCCCGAGGAGACACCUGAAGCAGCUCGUGGUUCCACUUCGAAAGUGUCUACCCCUAAGAUGACGACCCCACCGUCAUCACCACCUCCUGUAGCUGUGUCACCAGAGUUCGCUUACAUCCCAGCAGACCCAGCUCAGUUUGCUGCUCAGAUGUUAGGUAAAGUUGCAUCUGUUCAUUCUGAUCAGUCUGACGUGUUAAUGGUGGACGUGGCCACGAGUAUGCCUGUGUUUUCCGACGAGGCGCUGAGCUCAGAGGCUGUCGAAGAUGCUGGGGCGGCCACUCCUGCUGCGUGUUCUGCAGAGGGGUCAGUCCUGCAGGUUCUGAGCCAAACAGCUGUCCGUGUAGAUUUGGGUUCUAAACCUAAAGACGAUGACGCUGAACCAGCAGCGGCUUCCUCCUUCCCCUUGCAGGAUGAACAAGAUCCUCCUGCUUACGACCAAGCUCCCGAAGCCCCGUUGCAGGCUGAUAUUGAGGUCACCUCCUUCGUUCACAUAUCAUCUAUCUAUAACAAUGAGCCUGUGAUUGAAGGAGUCACUUACGUGGAGCAAAUACCAGAACACAUAGUUAUCCCUUUUACUGAUCGCGUUGCUUCUCUUAAAGAACAUGAGCCACCACUUAGUCCCAUACCUGUAGCCCUUGCCACGGGCAUGUCUGAGAAAGCUGUGCAUUCCGUAAAACAGCUGGAGGAGGAUAAUUCCUCAGUCCAUAUGGAGGCAGAAGCAACAGUUCUGCUCCCUGACACCUCUUUGGAAGGUCAGCCUGCACAGCUCCUGGAGGCAGAGGGUUCCACCCAAGCAGUAGGCUCUGAAAAACCUCUGCGCGUUGCAAUGGAGUUCACUGCCCUAGUCCCUGACAACCCUGGGCAGGAGUCCUGGGUAAACUCUGCAGCCCAGGAGAUGGAGGUCAAACUCGUGCUCUCCGGGGAAGCUGCCACAGCAGUGCUCUCGGCUGUGCAGGGAAGGGCAGCGGGUGGUGCCCCCCCUCCUGCUCCAGAAGGUCUUACUGAACCAGACCCCGAACCACAGCGGGAAGCAGCACUUGAACAAGGUUUGAUGGAGCCAGCCAUAGCAGCAAGCGAAGCAGGACAACCACCACCAUACUCUAACAUGUGGACCCUUUAUUGUCUAACUGAUAUGAAUCAACAAAGUCGCCCAUCACCGCCACCUGCACCUGGGCCUUUCCCCCAAGCAACCCUCUAUUUAUCUAAUCCUAAGGAUCCACAGUUUCUGCAGCAGCCACCGAAAGUUACUUCUCCAACUUACGUGAUGAUGGACGACAGCAAGAAGACCAGUGCCCCACCUUUUAUUUUAGUAGGCUCGAAUGUUCAGGAAGCUCAGGAUUGGAAACCUCUUCCUGGACAUGCUGUUGUUUCUCAGUCAGAUGCCUUGAAGAGAUACGCUGCAGUCCAAGUACCCAUUGCUGUUCCUGCAGAUCAGAAAGUCCAGAAACAUACCCCAAAUCCCCAGAAUGGUAGUUCUCCUCCAAGUGGACAAGAUGUCCCCAGGCCACAAAGCCCAGUUUUUCUUUCUGUUGCAUUCCCAGUAGAAGAUGUAGCCAAAAAAGGUUCAGGAUCUGGUGACAAACGUACUCCCUUUGGAAGUUACGGUAUUGCUGGAGAAAUAACUGUGACUACUGCCCAUGUUCGCAGAGCAGAAACCUAAAACUGAUGCUGGAAAUGAUGCCGUUUGAGCCAACAUUCAAGGUGGAGUCUGCCACCGAGCGUACCUUGUCAAUAAACUUCCUGCAAGCAUAAAACCCUGCGCUCUUAUUUUGUAACUUAGGACAAUUGAUUACAAAAGGCCUUAAAUCUUUUCAGACUUGUGGAGCCUUGAAAACAACUCCACUCUACUAGCAGAGCUACUGGGCUUUCU